AUGUUGUUGAGGACUACGGGAUGGCCCCUUUGCAGGGUCAACCAACAGAACACCUUGAGAGUUCUCAAACAGUCCUAUCACUGUGGUCACAAUUUCCAGAGAACUCUACCAUCACGGACAUCAAAAUCUCUGAAGCUGGUCACGGUAGCACCUCGGCAUGUUGUACCCUUUCAUGCCUCCGCCCGUCAUCUGACUACGACCAUUGAGUCGCCUUCGUCGCCCGAGAUACCACAGCCAUACUCACCUCCUACGACCGGUAUUAUCUCGCGCCUCCCUGCUUCCUGGGUUCCGUACGCUGAGCUUAUUCGUCUGGAUAAGCCGGCAGGUACCUACUAUCUCUUCUUCCCGUGUCUCUUCAGCACGUUGCUUGCGGCGCCCAUGGCAACUCCCAUGGCCUCGCCGCUGAGCGUCCUGGGAACGGCAGCACUCUUCUUCUCGGGCGCUCUGAUCAUGCGUGGAGCUGGCUGUAGUAUCAAUGAUCUAUGGGAUCGGAACCUAGAUCCCCACGUCUCGCGGACGCGUCUUCGACCCAUCGCCCGAGGUGCUAUCACUCCAUUCAAGGCCUUGGCUUACACGGGUGUGCAACUCUUGACUGGGCUCGGUAUCCUUUUGCAAUUCCCCACGAGUUGUCUUUUCUACGGCAUUCCCAGUCUGUUACUCGUGGCAACUUAUCCCUUGGCCAAACGGGUGACGUACUACCCUCAGUUUGUCCUUGGCCUCACCUUCUCUUGGGGCGCCAUCAUGGGUUUUCCUGCCCUGGGCGUGGAUCUGCUUUCCAACAGCGCUGCACUGGCAGCUGCAGGAUUUCUAUACGCCAGCAACAUCGCCUGGACUGUCCUCUACGACAUGAUCUACGCACACAUGGACAUACGAGACGAUGCCAAGGCGGGAAUCAAGAGCAUCGCCUUGAAACACGACGCCGAGACGAAACAGGUUCUCAGCGGCCUGGCUGUGGCUCAAAUUGGGCUGCUGGGUGCUGCAGGAUGGGCUGCCGGUGCUGGACCUCUAUUCUUUGCAGGCGGCUGUGGAGGAGCUGCUCUAACUUUGGGGUACAUGAUUCGCAAGGUCAACUUGAAAAAUGUCAAGGAUUGCUGGUGGUGGUUCGUUAAUGGCUGUUGGAUUACCGGUGGUGCGAUCAGCUUGGGAAUGGGCGCUGAUUACAUCGCCAGAUAUCUGGCCGAGGGAGAGACUUUCGACGGCGAGCAAAGCUAG